AUGGAGUCUGUCAUCAAAGUUUCCAUGUCGGUCUGCCCAUUUGUUCAAUCUACUUCGACCCAAGCAAUGCGUCAAUUGAGUAGAUCUUCAGGUGGUUUAGCUCAACGUGCUCGCCAAUGUCCUUACAUGGCUAAUGCACUUCACGCUCAAGAGCAACAACAACAGCACCAAGCCACCAGAUCUUACUCUUCCGCUACCAACCCAAGAAGAGCAAGUGUCAGUCGUUCAGCUACUCCUAAUGUUGAUGCUUCAGCUUUUGUUCCACCUCCACCAGCAUCACCAUACCGCUUGACAAAUGACAAAUUGACUGGUGCUCAAAUCAACUUUACUGGAAAUGAGAAGAAAUUUGAUUUCCAAGGAUUUUUGAACGAAGAUUUGAAUAAAAAGAGAACCGAUAAGUCGUACCGUUUCUUCAACAACAUCAACCGUUUAGCGAAUGAGUUUCCAAAAGCUCAUCGUGCUCAAGAGGAGGAUAAAGUUACCGUUUGGUGUUCAAAUGAUUACCUCGGAAUGGGAAAAAAUGAAUCAACCUUGAAUGAAAUGAAACGUGUUUUGGACAAGUAUGGGUCCGGUGCCGGUGGAACUAGAAACAUUGCUGGCCAUAAUGCCCAUGCCAUAAAGUUGGAGUCUGAAUUGGCGGCUUUGCAUAAGCAUGAAGCGGCGUUGGUUUUCAGUUCAUGUUUUGUUGCCAAUGACGCCGUGUUGUCAUUAUUUGGACAAAAGAUUAAAGACUUGGUCAUCUUUUCUGAUGAAUUGAACCACGCAUCUAUGAUUCAAGGUAUUAGAAACUCUCGUGCAAAGAAGCAUAUUUUCAAGCACAACAACUUGGCCGAUUUGGAAGAGAAAUUGGCUCAAUAUCCAAAAUCAGUUCCUAAAUUGAUUGCAUUUGAAUCGGUUUAUUCAAUGUGUGGGUCUGUAGCUCCUAUUGAAGCCAUUUGUGACUUGGCUGAGAAGUACGGUGCUGUCACCUUUUUGGAUGAAGUUCACGCUGUUGGUAUGUAUGGUCCACAUGGAGCCGGUGUUGCUGAACACUUGAACUUUGAAGCUCAUUUGAAACUGGGUAUCAACCCCGCUGAAAUUGAAACGGUCAUGAACAGAGUCGACAUGGUUACCGGAACACUUGGUAAGGCUUAUGGAUGUGUUGGAGGUUAUGUUACUGGUAAGGCCAACAUGAUUGAUUGGUUUAGAUGUUAUGCUCCUGGAUUCAUCUUUACCACUAGUUUGCCACCAGCAGUUAUGGCCGGUGCCGCUGAGUCAAUUCGUUACCAAAGAGCUACAUUGAAGGAUCGUAUUGCGCAACAGAAAAACACGAGAUAUGUCAAGGACAAUAUGAACAAGUUGGGAUUGCCUGUUAUUCCUAACCCAUCCCACAUUGUUCCAGUUUUGGUGGGUAACGCUUAUGAUGCAAAGAGAGCCUCUGACUUGUUAUUAGAUAAACACAGGAUUUACGUUCAAGCUAUCAACUUCCCAACUGUGCCAAUUGGUGAAGAGAGAUUGAGAAUCACACCUACUCCAGGUCAUGGGCCAGAAAUCUCUAAUCAUUUGAUUGAAGCUGUUGACGACGUGUUUAAUGAAUUGAGCUUAAAGAGAAUCAACGACUGGACCCAAGCCGGUGGUUUAUGUGGUGUUGGCCAGGCUGAUUCUGCUCCAAUUCAACAUAUUUGGACUGAUGAACAAUUGGCAUUAGCUGAUACUGAUUUGAACCCAAAUGUUGUUGACCCAAUCGUCGCCCCAUUGGGUGUUUCAUCAGGUGUCACUUUGUAG